CACAACUUAUUAUUACUCUAAGAGAAAGAAGCUAUGGGUCUUAAAGGCAAGUUGAUUGCUUCAAUAGAGGUAAAAUGUGAAGGACACUCGAUUCAUGAUAUUGUUCAUACCAACACUCAUCAUCUACCCAACAUAAUCCCUAGCGUGCUCAAUCAUUUUGAGAUUCAUGAAGGUGAAACUAUAAAGGUUGGUUCGGUUGUUAGUUGGAAAUUUAAUCAAGAUGGAAAGGAAAUGCUUCUUAAAGAAAAGAUUGAAUCGAUUGACCUUGAAAAGAAAUCGACCACUUGGAAAGUGAUUGGAGGAAAUAUGUUAGAGUUGUAUGAUUCCUUUACUAUCAUCACAUCUAGUGAACAUCAGUGGACAACUGUCACACUUAUGUACGAGAAGAAAACUGAAGAUACCCCAGAGCCUCUCACACUCUUGGGUGUUUUCAUUAUUGGACUCAAAGAUAUUGAAAGUCACCUUCUCAAGUAAUAGAAAAUCUAUAAUGUUGAAUGGUUCUAUACAUUAUGUAUGUGUGUAUGUUCGUAUUUGUGUAAUGAAUAUUUGACAAUAUUGGCUAGUUUUAGCUAGCGUUUGAAAUAAAUAAUGUAAUAUAUUUGAAUAAUAUACAUAUUAUGUAU